AUGAUUCCUUCAAUACCACCCUGGCUCGAGCUGCAUCGUGGCAUGACGGUCCAGUUGGCUUCUACUGCUACUGCUGCUGCCAUGUCUCCCAGCAUACGGGUGCCGCUUUGGGAUCAGUAUACAAUAUCAGCUGCAGCACUGGCAUCCGCCAUUCUCGUUAUUCUUCUCUUCCUUCUCUUUUUACCCGCCUCGGCCUCGUCAUAUCCACCUAGCCCUGUGGGAUACGCCCGUUUCAGCAAUAGUGAUACUGAAUCGCCUCCUUCGUCCAGCCGAGAAACGGAGGCUCCGGUAAAACACGAGGUGGACGACUAUCCUUAUGAGCUGCGAAAGGCGCUUGGCACCCCGGUCGAUGCUGCUUCGUACGAAGCUCGACGCUUGGUAAUCCACAUUUUCAUCGCCGUGCUGGCCGUCGUAGGCUUGGCCAUCGACAUGUCAUCCAUUGUGACUCGCGUGUUCGCCGAUCAAGGCGCAGAACAUCCGCUACAAACGAUCGUCUACUUUAUUUCCUCCUGUGCAGCGUUGCGGACGCUGACGGUGGUGCUAGCAAUGCUUCACUUCAAUUUGGCAGAGUCGACUCGGCUACUCUUGAUCUGGAUUCUCACUACGCUGUAUCUCGUCGCUCAGCUGCUCGUUUUCUUGAUCGAGUUCAUGCUCUUCUUGCCAGGUCUCGGUGGUGACUCCAAUUUCAUCCUGCACAGCAUCAACAUUGGCUGCAGCUUUGCCAUCUUCCUCCUCGCCUUCCUUUCACCCACCGGUCCCCUGAUUCUUGUCAAGGCCACCCAGAGUUUUUCCGAAAGAGCCAUCACUCGCAACGCCCUCGGCGGCGGCUCGGUAGCUCAGCACCUCUGGGGUUUCCUAGCGUUACCUGUUGUGCGAAAGGCGUACCAGCAGGGUAGGAUCGAUCAAGACGAUAUCCCUGCCCUAGACUAUACCUACCGCUCCGCGGUGGUUGCAGAGAGCGUGAUCUGCGAGUAUCGACGCUCGCUCGCUGCUUCAAUCGCCAAAGUCCCCCAUGGUCCAAAUCGCACGGAAAGUAUCAAGGGUCGGGCUCUGCUCAAAGCGUUGGUCAGGUGCAAUGUUGCACAAAUGAUCGAAACGGCUGUGAUGCUGGUGAUUGUCACCUUUAGUUUCUAUGCGCCCAAGUUGGGUCUCAAGCUGCUCUUGGAUGGCCUGGAGGGAUACGAAGCCUCUCUUAGGCGGGCCAACGGCGAUGUUGUAGACACGGUGGCCAAGAGGGCAAGGUCGACGCUCAUCUACUCGGCUUCCUUCUACCUCAUCCUCUUCUUGGAAAACUUCCUCGUUUAUUUCUAUUUCCGUCCACUCACCGUCCACCUCAAAACGAAAAUGCAGACGCAACUCACCACCUUGCUAGCCUGGAAGAGGUUGCGUCAGAAGGAAGCUUCCGCCAAAGAACAACAAGCCGACCCAAAGCAAGACCAAGCAGCUGAGAACAAGUCUGCAACUGAGGACACCGACAACAGUGAAGGCGGCGGAUCCAUCUCUUCUCCUUCCCAAGUGAUUAACCUCGUUACCACAGACGUGACACGCAUCUUUUCGCGCAUCGACAUGUACGUCUUUGGCAUCAUGGGUCCUCUCGAAGUUCUUGUUGGCGGAUACUCUGCCUACUACCUGCUGGGCAAUGGUGCUCUUAUCGGCCUUGCUGUAGCCGCACUCAUGCAGCCUAUCGCAUUCGUCCUUGGCAAGGUUACUGCACGAAUCGAUGAGCGGUUGCAAAAGACACGCGACCGACGCGUCAUGCUCCUCUCUGAGGCGAUCCGCGCUAUUCGGAUGAUCAAGUACGAAGCCUGGGAGGACGAGAUCGGCGCCAAGAUCAUGCUCGAGCGCAGGGCUGAACUCAAGUGUCAGGCGCAGAGCUGGGCAGUGUUCACGUUCUUUGGCGGCUUCUUCGCCCUCGUUCCUAUGCUGACGAUCGUCGUUGCAUUCGGAUGGUACACAAUGGUCGAGGGAAACACGUUGACCGCCUCGGUGGCUUUCCCUGCCGUCGCAGUGCUGACAGAGUUGCGCUGGGCUGUCAGCUAUCUGCCAAGCAACUUUUUGACGGUCAUCCAGGGAUGGGUCUCGAUGAAGCGUAUCGCCGUGUAUAUGGAAACGGGCGAAGUCUACAUUCCCGAUCAAGAAUAUAGCCCACAGACGAUGGAUGGUGCUAGGGAUGUUGCUGUGCGUGCUUCUACGGGCGUCGGAAGAGUCGAUUUGAGGCACGCCGAGAUGACCUGGCCCUCAGAUGCUGAUGUCGCGCCCUCCUCCCAGUCUUCAUCAUCCGCUUCAGCUGCAUCAUCGACGUUUACACUCUCAAUCCCGGACGCAUCUUUCGAAGUAGGCCAGACCAACCUCGUCUGUGGCAAAAUUGGGUCGGGCAAGACGUUGCUUCUCCUCUCGCUUCUCGGCGAAGCUCAGCUGCUUUCCGGCUCGAUCCAUUGCCCACGCUCGCACCCUGCUACCACCCUGUAUGCUGCCCGCUCCGCCUCUCAGUCCUUUGCCAAUCACCGACAGUGGUGGAUUGACCUCUCGCUCUCCGCCUAUGCUCCACAACGUCCCUUCCUGUUCAAUGCCACCGUCCGAGAGAACAUUCUCUUUGGCCUCGAAUACAACGCACGCCGUUACCGCGCCGUCAUCUUUGCAUGCGGUCUCAAACCCGACCUCAAAAUCUUCAAGGAUGGUGACCGCACGGAGAUCGGCGAAGGCGGAACAAACCUCUCUGGAGGUCAAAAGGCGCGCAUCUCGUUGGCGAGAGCGGUUUACUCUCACGCGGGUACUAUAUUGAUUGACGACUGCUUGUCCGCGCUGGACUCACAUACGACGAAACACAUUUGCGAGAAAUUGUUCGAUGGUGGCAACGAUGGAUUGCUGGGAGGGAGGACGACCAUUUUGGUGACGCACCACGUCAGGUUGAUGGCUCCCAGAUGCAGUAAAGUCUUGGUAUUGCAGGAGGGAAGGCAGGCAUUCUUUGGCAGUGCAGAGCAGUUCACCGCCAGUGCAUUCUAUCAGGGACUGGAGAACGAGGAUGCGGAGAGCAAGGAGGAAGAAGGGCACGAGACGCCCAAUUUUGGUUCGAACAGUAGCACUGCUGCUAACUCGGCGAACAACAGCGACGCGGAAGAGGAUGGUGCAGCUACCGAGGUAAGCGUGCUGCUUGAUGCCGUUCGAGACAAGCACGUGAACGCCUCCGCCAUCUCUCAGAAGACGAUCGGCAUGGGCGAGGUACGCAGACAGCCUUCGAGCUCCGCCUUCAGCCACAUUUCGGGCUUGCAUGAUGUGCAGGCAGAGGAGGAACAGGCUCCAGAGGCACACAAGCAUGUAACCGAAGAAGCGCGAGCAGAGGGCCGUGUCUCGUUCGCCGUCUACAGCGGGUACAUCCGUGCUGGCGGUGGCAUCCUGCUUUGGCUCGCGCUGCUUGGCUCGUUUGCUGGCAAUGCGUUUACCGACUUGGGCGCAAAUUGGUGGCUCCGUCUUUGGGCGCAGUCAUCGACGACUCAGGAGCACUCAACCGAAUGGUGGCUUGUUCGUUGGGUGGCGAUCCAGGUGGUGCAGGUGAUUGCCAUGACCUUUGGCUAUGCUCUGGUUUGCAUCGCUUCGCUUCUGGCCGGAAGCCGCCUGUUCAAACAGCUUCUUCGAACUGUUCUGCGUGCACCGCUGCGCUUCCACGACUCGACACCCUCAGGACGUCUCCUGAACCGUUUCGGAAGAGACAUGGAAGCGAUUGACUCGAGCAUUGCCGAAGAGCUCACCGAGGCAGUUAAAGCCUUGCUCAUGGCGCUCGCCGCGCUUGUAGCCACCUGGCUCGGCGGUGGCCCCAUCGUCGUUGUCAUCCUGCUCUUCAUGCUGCCCAUGUUUUACGUUCUCGUCGCCACCUUUACGCUCGCCGCUCGUGACCUCAAGCGACUCGACUCGAACUCGGCCUCGAAACGCAUCACCUGCUUCACCGACCUCAUCACCGGCGUUGUCACCGUCCGAGCUUUUGGCUCUUCCGCGGCAUACUUUGCCACGCUAAUGGAGAGGCUGGAUGAAAACAUGACCUUUUACUUUUGGCAGGGAACCGUCCGACAGUGGCAAUCGCUGCUGCUUAGCUUGGUCAGUUCCGUUGUGGUCAUCUCGACGGUGCUUGUGGUGACGCUCACACCGGGUUUCACGGCAGCCAGAGCGGGAUUUACACUCAGCUUUGUACAGAGCUUGACGUCAAUGUUGACGUACGGCAUGCGAUCGCUGUCGAAUGUCGAACAGGGUCUCGUGGCCGUUGAGAGGGUGAUGGAGUACUUUGGCAUCGAGACAGAGCCGCUCGAUUCGGCUCCUGCUUACGUCGAGGAACUACCGGUCCCGCCAACUUGGCCGGAGAAGGGUGCAAUCGAGAUUCGAGAUUUGCACUUGGCGUAUGCCAAGAACCUGCCUGAUGUGCUGGAUGGAAUCACGCUUUCCAUCCGUGCCGGCGAGCGGGUUGGUAUUGUGGGUGCCACCGGAAGCGGUAAAUCGACACUUGUAUCAGCGCUCUUCCGGUUCUUCGAAUAUCGAAGCGGGCAGAUCGAGAUUGAUGGAAUCGACAUUGGAAGGAUCGGGCUGAAGACGUUGAGGAGCAGGAUGAAGAUCGUGCCGCAGGAUCCGUUGAUUUUGUCCGGAACGCUUAGAAGCGCAGUCGACCCUCUUGGAAGCUACGCCGAUGAAGACAUCACCAGAGUGCUGGUUCGCGUCGGCUUACUCAAGGACAAGGUGACGAGUGGGUAUGGAACGUUUGAGAGCUCCUCGCGUUCAGCCGGCACCACCGGUGGAGGUGGCAGCACCAGCUCGUCCGCCCUCCUUUGCUCCAACGCACCGUCUCCGUCUGGAGAAGAAAGCGACGAUUCGGGAACGCUUGCAUCACUCGAAUCGCGCAUCGAGGAAAGCGGAAGCAACCUCUCGUCAGGUCAGAAGCAGCUGCUUUCGCUCUCGCGUAUCCUGCUCUCCUCUUGCGCUUCGUCCAGCAUCGUUGUUCUGGACGAAUCCACCUCGUCGAUCGACUACACUACGGACGCAAAAAUCCAGUCGUUGCUGGAUGCGCACUUUGCCGAACACAACACGACGGUGCUCGCCAUCGCGCAUCGGUUGAGGACGAUCAUCGGGUUCGAUACCGUGAUCGUGCUGAACAGCGGAAAGGUGGUGGAGCGAGGAAGUCCGAGCGAGCUCCUAGCAAAGGAGGACGGUUGGUUUACGAGGUUGGCCAACAGUACUGGUGACGAAGAGUAUGCUGAGUUAAAACGCUUGAUUGGUAUCUAG